AUGGCGCCGCCCGUCUGCUUCUCCGACCUGCCACCUGAAGCCCUCGACGACAUCGCCCGCCGCGCCGGCGCCCUCAACAACGUCGUGUGCUCCGCCGUCUGCAGGCCAUGGCGGCGCGCCCUGAAAACCACGCGCCUCGGGCUACUGAAGCAACCGAACCGGCCGUAUAGCGUCAACCUAGAGCUGUGGUGCGGCAGCAUCGAGCUUCAUCCCAUCCGCCGCUGCAUCAACGGCGAACGAACCGUCCGCAUCGCCAACCACGACGGCGCCGCGCCAGUAACCCGCAUCGUCGGUUCUUCCCACGGCUGGCUCGUCACCGUCGACGAGGACGGCGGCCUGUCCCUGCUCGAGGCCGUCACCGGCAGGUUGUACCCGCUGCCUCCCAUCACUUCGUCCGGUAGCAAGAAGGUGGCCAAGGACCUCGACCAGAUGGGCGAGUCCAUGUUCCAGAAGGCCGAGCUGGUUCCCGGCCACCGGCUGGGCACCUUCGCCGUGAUGCUGAUCCACGGCGGCGGGUUCGGCAUGUCGUUCCUCCGUCCAGGCGCCAAAUGCUGGACGGCGGUGCGCGUCCCGAAAUGGAUGAAGCAAAAGUUCGUCGACGUCGUGUUCCACCAGGGCGCGUUCUACACGGUCAGCCGCGACGCCGAGGAGUGCGCGUGGGUCUCCCUCGUGGUGUCGAUCGGCGGCGGCGACCUGCUCAUGGUGUCUCGGUUGCACGAGCGCGAGGGGGCGUGGCUCGCCGUGGAGGACCUCGGGGAGGCGGCCAUCUUGGUGGGGAGCAGCUGCAGCUUGAGCGUGUCGACGCGAGGCUCCCGCGACGCGUUGCGCAACCACCUCUACUUCGCUCGGCCACCCUACCGCCUACUCGCUGCCGACGGCGUCGGCGGGAUAUGGCUUCCAACUGAAUUCCGUUGCAAUCAGGCCCCGUUUUCCUUAGCUUAA